AUGAUUACUCUCUUACUAUUUCCUCUUUUUACAUCUCUAGCAUCGGCAAUAUGGCCAAUACCUACCUCAUAUACGCACGGGGAAACCGUCUUGUGGAUUUCCAAAGACACAUCAUUUGACUGGGCUGGCGCAGGCGAUGUAGGCACUCUCAAAGUUCAGCCGAAUUACGAUCUCGACUUCAGAACAAACUCUAACGCAUACGCAACCACACAGUAUGAAGGGGACCGCACACGGCUGAAGCGCUACAGCGAAGCGCCAACAGGGGACGAGAUGAUCGAUCAGGCGAUAUAUUCUGCGAAGCAAACACUCUUCAAGAAGAAUUUUGUACCUUGGAAGUUCCACCCUAGGAACUGGACAGAACCGAGCACAGAGAAUCGCACCUAUAUCUCCAACGUCCGCGUGGAAGUUCUCCAAGAUGACCCUGGAGACAUUGCAAAGCCCCUCGCCGGCACUGUUGAUGAGUCAUAUGCACUUGAGUUGAGUGAAGGCGGCAACGUCAGCAUCACAGCAAAUUCCAGCUUGGGGAUCGUCAGGGGGUUGGUGACGUUCACGCAGCUGUUCUAUAAGCAUUCUGACGGCGGUGCAUACACGCCACUGGCUCCUGUGAUCAUUUUCGAUAUACCUGUAUUCCAGCAUCGCGGCAUAAACCUCGACGUCUCGAGAAACUAUUUCUCUGUCAAGGACAUCGAACGUACCAUUGAUGCAGUGGCGUACAAUAAGAUGAACCGCUUUCAUUUGCACAUCACAGAUGCACAGUCCUGGCCUCUCGAGAUUCCCGCGCUUCCCGAGCUCUCAGCGAAGGGUGCUUACAGGCCAGAUCUAGUGUACACUACAGACGACUUUGCGAAUCUUCAAUAUUAUGCCUCGAUUCAGGGCGUGGAGCUCAUCACCGAAAUCGACAUGCCGGGUCAUACCUCUUCCAUCGCGUUGAGCCACCCAGAGCUCAUAGCAGCCUACAACAUACAGCCAGACUGGGAUACAUAUUGCGCGGAGCCACCAUGCGGCACACUGAAGCUCAACUCAACCAAAGUCGAGGAUUUUCUCAAGAAGCUCUUUGACGACCUGCUCCCACGCAUACUGCCCUUCUCCUCGUAUUUCCAUACGGGCGGCGACGAAGUGAACAAGAAUUCGUACUUGAAAGACGAUACCGUCAACUCAAACGACUCCACUAUCUUACAACCGUUUAUGCAAAAGUUUAUCGACAGAAACCACGACCAAAUACGCGCUGCAGGCUUGACUCCCGUUGUAUGGGAAGAAAUGCUGCUGGACUGGAACCUUACUCUUGGCUCCGAUGUGAUCGUCCAGUCGUGGCAGAGCGACGAGGCAGUUGCGCAGAUCGUAGCAAAAGGCCAUAAGGCGCUUGUAGGAAACUACAAGUACUGGUAUCUCGACUGCGGCAAAGGACAGUGGCUUAACUUCGACCCCUCCGUGAGCGCCCAAUACUACCCCUACGAAGACUACUGCGCGCCCUUCCAUAACUGGCGCCUCGCCUAUUCGUACGACCCACUCGGAGGCGUGCCCGCAGACGCCCAACACCUCGUCAUCGGUGGCGAGGCACACAUGUGGGCCGAGCAGACAGACCCCACCAACGUCGACCGCAUGAUCUGGCCGCGGGGGUCGGCUGUUGCGGAGAUCCUCUGGAGUGGCGCCAAGGAUUCAAUGGGGAGGAAUAGAAGCCAGAUCGACGCUGCACCGAGAUUGAGCGAGAUGAGAGAAAGACUUGUGGCGAGGGGCAUUGGUGCGGAGCCGAUCCAGAUGCCCUACUGCACUAUGGAAGGCACGGUCUGUCAACUAGGAUACCAACCGUGA